ACGAUUCAAAACAACUGUGCCCGUGACUGCGACAACAUUUGCUUUGUGCGUGUAUUAAUUCUAUUUUCGCCAAAUGCAAAAAGAAAAUUCGAUGGAAAAUAUUUGAAUGACUGUUUUCAACAUUCGCAAUUAUGCUUUUCUGUUUAGAUUGUAGUGCGAACAAAUUCUCAGAAGGUGGGAGCGUUAUCGUUUAGUAUCGGCAAGUCAUCACAGUAGAUAGCAGUCUAGCUGCUCUGGUGAAGGUUUCCAAGAUAUUUCCAACAAUUAUUCCACAAAGCAGUUGACGAAAGCGCUCGAGUUGCUCAAGUGAUUAGGUUCCUUUUAUGGGUUGUCGCAUUUCAUCCUCAAGCAAUGAAAAUUAUUCCUCAUCGAACGCCGAGAUGUCGAACAGGACAAUGGACCAGCAACCCACGGUCGAUUACAAAGCUCGUCUAGAGCGAAAGCAGUGCCUGGCGAAAGAAACACCGGAACCAAUCUACGAUCUAGCAGACUGCAAUCUGAAAGAUGUUCCAUCCGGAGUGUUUAUUAUGUGCAAGGUGCUGCGGAAGGAAUUACUCACGCUAGCUAGCAACAAGUUGACGUCACUCAACGGAGGAGGAGCACUGGUGGAUCUGCAUUUGUUGGUGACGUUGAAUUUGGCGAACAAUCGAUUCAAGAAACUGCCGGAUGAGAUCUACAGGUUGGAAAACCUCAGGGAAUUAUUUGUAUCCAACAACAGUUUAGAGAAAUUGCCGGUAACAAUCAACCGAUUAAAGAAACUGGAACUGCUCGAUGUGUCCGUGAACAAUCUAACCACCCUGGAACAGGUAUCGUUUAUGCCUCUACUUAGGAUACUGAACAUUUGUGGUAAUGUUCGUCUGGAUAAACUGCCCAAUCAGCUGGCAACAUGUGAUAAUCUAGUAGAUAUAGUGCUUGACCCCAACACCGUUUCCGAACCCCCGGCGGACGUAAUCGCCGGAGGCACUUACGCAAUCAUAAAGUAUCUCUCUACCGGCGAAACCAUUCAUCGACCACCGCCAUCGGAAGACGAACAUGAUGCGUACACCCGCAGCAAAAGUAGCACAAUCAAUUUCAUCGAAAGCGAGCGGGAUGAAUUGCGUCAGGCGGAAUUAGCUCGCGAGAAGCAUGAGAAGGAAAAGAAGUUGAUGGAGCGUGAACGAAUGGCCUACGAGAAGGAUUAUCUCGCCGAAAGCAAACUUCAUGAGCAACAACAGCGGAAGAAACAGGAAUUGCUGCAGCAACUGCUUCAGCAGCAGAACCAAAACGACAGCAACGUCAACAGGCUACAAGAGGAGAAGCAAUCCGAAAGGCAACGACUAAUAAAUGAUAUUCUUAAAGAUGAACAGCACUCCAGCGAGCUCGUGCAUAAUCUUCUUUCUCUAAAGAAUGGCCCGGAUCCUGCAUUCCUCGAGCGUGAACGGGAAGACCAAGAGCGACUCGUGGAACAGCUUCGCAUCCAGCAGAACGAUUUCCGCAAACAGGAAAUUCUAACGGCUAUGACCGAUCUUCUGGAGAACGAAAUCAAUGUCAUUCAAAAUUUCCACAAUCAACGCGAUCAAUCUUCCCGGAACAUUUUGGAACGGGAAUACGAGACCAACAACCUGCUGAACAAUGUAUUUUUGAACUACGACCGCAACCGGCAGGACAUUAUCGACCAAGUGAACUGCGAUGAGGAGAUUCAGAAAUCGGCUGUGGCCGCGUUGAUUGCUAAAAACGAUUCCCGCACGUGGGGCCUGGUGGAACAGGUGAGGAUCGUUGAAUCGCAACUGGCGGCCCUCACGACGUACGAGAUCGAACGGAAGAAAACCAAUCAGGAUGACCAAAUCAACAAUCUAUCAGAGCAAAGAAUGAACUUAACCUACGUGCUGAUGGAUUUGCUCAAACAACAGGACCAAAGAAAGCAACAGCUUCUUGAUACGCUCAAAAUAAUAGAACGGCAGAAGGAAGGCGAACAAACCGACUUCUGGCUGAUGCAAUACCAAAAACUGCUAGAUCACCAACCCUCGGAGAUAACCAAUGACACGGCUUCGGUGGAUCCCAUUCUCGGAUACCAAUUUCUGGAAAACGGAGUCGUUCACUGUCUGCCAUUCCUUUCUAAAAUAUGGCAAAACAGAGACAAGGAACUGGCCAGCGUUAGCGAUCAGGAUUUGAUCGAGGCAGGCGUACAAAAUCCCACUGAUCGUGCGGCUAUCUUGACCUCGAUCAGUAACUAUUACGACUAUCUCAACCGUAGGAUAGAAUAUCCCGAGGCGGAUCUAAGCCCAUCAACAUCAACACCCACAGCACCUACGGAAGAAAUAGACCACGAACCGGAAACGCCAUCUUCACCACCGGAGGAACCAUCGGCCGCUGGUGGGGCUGUGCAAUUUUCAGAAUGUGUUGUUUGUUUGGAGGAGACGGUCCAAGUUAUAUUUCUCCCAUGUGGCCAUAUGUGCUGUUGUGCAGGAUGUCAUAUCAGCAUACGCGAUUGUCCUCUUUGUCGGGCGUACAUCGAAAGGAAAAUUAAGGUGAUUCAACCUUAGCUGGAUAUUAUAAACCGUUGAAGCAUGUCAUCGAGAAUGCAACAGAUAAAGCAAUCAUCGUUAAAUGAAACUUACGUUUGGACCUAUGACGGAGUAUUGGAAACAAAGAUAAAAUUAAAUCUACAAAUAAAGAAGUUUAUACACACGUUUACAUAUAAGCCAAUACUCAAACGCACGAAUCGUUUUCGGAAGUAUACAUUAAUCGUUGCAGAAAAUAUUCAUUCCUAGCGUGAGCAAUUUUUCCCAUAUCCUCAACAAACACUAGUCAAAUUUUUUCGCACAUUACGGAUUUGAAAAAUCGUUUAAAACUUACUGUCAAUAUCGUUGAGUGACGUGUGUCGAUUUUAACUCCCUAAAGAAUGAAAGUAAACAUUGUUUCAGUAUGCUAUGUAUUCGAAAUUUUAGCUCAGUUAUCGACUUUUAACUUAAAACUGUAUUACAAGCUACCUAGCUUUAAGACUUUUACAGUUUGACUCUAACACGGUUUAGAAUACCUUUAUUCAACAUAGAAUAACCAUAGCCCAGCAAAGACAUGGAGCGAUAAAAAGGGAAUUCAACAAAUAUACAUUAUAUAGUGCCUUUUUCGGAGAAAAGGAAACAUUACACAAAGCGUGGCAACUGACAUCAAACGCGUAACAAUAAGAAGGGUAAAAAACGUGUGGAAAUGUUGCACUUCAAAUACAUCUAAAAAUACGACUACAGUAAAAUUAUUCUAAGCGAAUUAUGAAAGACUUCGUUUUAAAAUAUAAAUAACGUGACUUACUCUGAUUCCAUUUAUAAGCGUGAUACAUUCAUGGCCGCUAGAUGAGCACUAAAAACACAAUUCCGUGUGACGAUGGCAUCAGAGCGCGCGACAACAGGGAGGUCUUGUAACACAGCGAUUUACCUUCAUGGAAUUAGAGUAAGCUACGGUAUCUGAACACUAGAAAAGGCAGCUUAACAAUGGUAACUUGUUAAACAAUUCGCUUCACACGCUUUCAUUUAAAUAAACUUCCUUCCCAGUUUUCAUAAUCGACACAAAUGUAACUUUCUAUAUCUACGUAUAGUCAUGUUUCAUCAAAAUCAUCAAAUUGUUAUUCCUUAUAAAAGCUUUAUCAGUUUGUUAAGAUUUAUGUUAUACCUAAAACUGUUCCAGCAAGAUAUUUUAGAAAUAUACCUAAUAAAUAUCUAUUAUUUUUACUCUCA